AUGAUCAAGCUGCUAGAGAUUCUCGACUUUAACACCCAUACUCGUCCCCGAUUGGUAGGCUGGCUGAUUCAUUAUACUCACAGCCAAGAUCUUUAUUACAUAAUCAAUGCACCGAUCUCUUGCCUCUUUGAGGCAGUAACAUGUAAACAUACAUCUCUUCUUUUGCUACAUUCUUUCACUGCUACUAAACCCCACACCCAAAUGAGUUUAAGGUCUGCUACUGUCCGUGCUACUGGCUUAUCUCAUUCCUUCAGAAGAUAUGUCCACCAAACCCGCAAAACCCCUACCAAUCUGCUGGAUAAAGGCCCCCAGAAAUAUGGGCUAAUGAAUCUACAGAGCCUCAAGCAAGAAUGCAGAAGAAAGGGCAUCAAAGUGAGUGGAAGAAAGAUCGAUCUGAUUGGCAGACUUGUGAACCACGAUACUACCGCCUUCGGUGCUCAUGGAAUCUCAUCUACUGCCACGAGCUCCGCAAAAGGUGAUGGUUCAUCUAUUGAGUUCUUUAAAUUUCCCAAGCCAGAGGACGACCCAGAACCAAGUAUUUCCGUUAAAGUGCCUUCGCUAUCGAGCGAAGCUUCAGAAAACACAGACGCAGUAGUAAAGAAGUUGCCCGAUGAAUCGCCAGAGACUUAUAUUGAUACAAAUAAAGACAACAUUGUCAGCGUCGGUGCCCAAAGCAAUGCUGAGGUGACACAACAUGGAAUGAAGAUUGGCCAUUUUUUUGAAUGGAAAUCACCAUCCUCAGACUCAGCCUAUAAAGAUGAACCAUUUCAACCUUCGAAAGAACGUCUGAGUGAGCGUGAUAAAGUUGUUCUGGCGUCUGUACUGGGAUUAUCCUUGGUAUGGUGGUUUCUGCCAAUAUUCUAA